AUGACGGUCUAUACGAACACGAUCAUGACUGCCUGGGAGAGUCACAACAAUUCAACUGUUGUUCACUCGCAAGUCACAGUUCAAUUUCACAACAUUAAACACAAAAUAAUUCCACAGUACUGUUUCAGAAUGAAAACCUCUGUUAAAAAUAACAUAAUGAAACGGAAACACAAGAGUAAAAUCGGUGGAGAGGCUGUUGCCAGUGUUAAUGUCUCUAAAGAAGGAUGUAAAGGUGAAAUUAAAGAUGAAAAGUCUGAACAGAAUACACUUAACCCAAUUACUGAAUUAGUUAUUAAAAAGAGCAAAUCUUCAGAAGAUACAAACAAGUAUCCAAUAUUAGAUGACAAAAAUUUUAUACUAAAAAUUCAUAGUGUGCCUUUGACAAAUAAUCAAAAGGGAAGAAUUCGCCAAGUCCUUAAAGAUAGUCUGAGGGGUACAUCCGAUUUUCUACUGCCAGACAUCAUUCAUAAUAAAAUUCAAACUAUACUUAAAAGUUCAGAAAAUUUCACUGAUUCUGAUUUGAGAAAAAUGAGAAUAUUGUUUAACAUGUUAAAAACUGCUUUGCAAAAUAAAGAUCUGGAAAUAAAACCGAGGAAAGAAAAUGGUAGCAAAGAAUUACAGAAAAAGGUAAAAGUGAAAGAAGGGUUAAAUGUGAAAAAAGAAGUAAAUAUUCACUUGGAAAGUAACCAGAAGGAGAAAAAAGAUGUACCUAAAAAAAAGGGUCCAAAAAGAUAUGUAGUAUUUGUUGGCAACUUACCUAUGGAUAUUGAUAAAGAAAAGAUAAUGCAACACUUCGCAGAUUUUAAAAAUUUUAUAAAAGAUGUACGCCUUCCGAAACAAAAAAAGGGAAAAAGUGCUAUAGCUUAUGUUGAACUAGAAAAUGAAACUAUAUAUGAGUUAGCACUUUCAAAACACCAUUCCAUGCUUGGCAACAGAAGGAUAAAUGUUCUUUAUACUGCACAGAAGAACGGAAAAAUAACUACAACUGAGGCAAAGAGUAAAACAGCAAAACUAUUGGCACUGCAGAAAUCUGGAAAACUCAUAGGGAGUGUACCUAUGAAUAAGAAACGCAGCCAAAGGAGGCUGAAGAUGAAACAAGCACAAGCAAAAUUGGCUGCAGAGUCUGCA